AUGCCACGUACCGAUAGCAGCCGUAUGAACAAGUAUCGUUCAGUAUAUUCUAAAGAGAAGCAGAGAGAAUUAGACCCCGGAAUCUUAUCUGAAGCUGUAGUGAAGUGGUUAAAGGAAGAACUCGGACAUCGUCCUGGGCGAACUUCUCUGGUGACUGAAGACGUAUCAGAAAACGAAUUAACAAAGGAGGUCAUUCAAAAAGUCUGUAAAAAAGAAUUUAUUCCAAUAUUUCGAUUUCUCGUCGAUAACGUCAAAUCCUCAAAAGAAGUGGCAAGAAUUCGACAGCAACAAGUAGCUGGUGCCUCUGUUAAGAAUUCAUCAGUACGUGGACCAAAGUUAGAAAAGAAAUCAAAGAAGAUAAAUGCUCGUAUUGUUGUUGAGGAGAAGCAAACAGAAACACUGAUUGCUAAAAUUGAUGAAGUUGAGUCAGAGAUAAGAAAACUUAGAUUUGAGAUAGACGAUAAACGAAAUAAGCUGUAUAUGAAACGCGCGUAUCAUGCGGUAUGCGAGGACAUUAUUGAGACUACGAAAAAACAUGAGAAGAUAGUGAAUGAAUCAAAGGGCAACACUGCUGUUUCUGAAGACAUCAAAUUAAAACUGGGAACCGAGACAUCAACAAUGCUAGAAGUGAAGGAGAUUUGUGAAAAGAUAAAGUUGUUCGUGCACAAUAUGAUAUCCAAUGAUGGAUAUAAUAAUGAGAAGAUUAUUGCCAAUAUACGUAUGCCAGUUGACGAUUUGGUGAAAAGAAUCCCAUCAACAGUGAUAUUGAAAUCAAUAUCCAACGUAAUGAAAUCAACUACGCAUGAUUUGAAAAUACAAUCAGACGAAUACGUGCAAAGAUUCAAAGAGACAGGAAAUGAGGAUGCACAUGAGAUUCAACGCCUUCUACAUCAAUCGCAAUUGAAUCAUGUCGAUAGAUUCGUUGAGACAGAGAAGAUUCUUAAUGAAAUGUCUGGAAUCGAGGACAAGAUAGAAAUGAAGUUGAGGAAAAUAGGAAAUCUUGUUCAAAGUGGCUACUCUCAUGCUCCCUCUCUAUCGAACCAAAUAAUGUUAGCUAUAAAGUCAAAGGCUGAAACUGAAGCAGCACAGGCAUCAUUCAAUAAAUUACAAAAUCAUGCAGAACUGCUAAAGAGUCAAUGUGCUGCCAUUGGGCCUAGGAAUGAUGAGCUGAAUGGAUUAAUUGAUCUAGUCACGGCAUUAGAUCGUACUUUGAAAGAGAAGAAAACUGCAAUACAGAGUUUGAUCAAGUUCAACUCUUCAAUCAGAAGUAAUCUCGUGGUUAAAAUUAAUGAGACAAUCAACUUUGUAGAAGAUACCCUUAUACCGUUCUCAUCGACCAUUGAACCUUUGAGUAAAGAUAUUGACGAACGCAUUAUUCGUGAGAGUGAAAGUAUAAUGCUGAGUUUAUUGGUUGCAAUGACUUCACUUACGUGUUUGUUUGAGUUUAGUAUGUCUCGAUGCUUAGAUACGUUGGGGGUUUAUCGCACACAUGAUGACGAAUUCAUACAGUAUAUAAAGAGAGCAUUACGAAUUCCCUCUCAAACGGCCAUUGAAGAGAUUUUUCCUGCAAUUGACAGAAUUAAGAGAGAAGGACUAGCGUAUGAACUAGCAUUCAUGCAUUUGAAAUAUAGCAUGAAAGCUUGUCAUUUUGAUUUUCAGUCAAUGGUAAAUCAGAUGCUAUUCUCAGUGCGUGCAAAUAAUAUAAGUUCAGAUAUGGAUGAGACAUAUUCAAAGACUAUAGAUGCAUCCAGAAGUGCUGUAGACAUUCUUAAGAAGCGUUUACGACGACAAGAGCAAGAGUUUUUGUCCAAUGAAGUGGAAAAAUUGAAACAGGAAAUAAGCAAGGCUGAGAAUGCAGAGGAUAUUAUUAACGAUAUUCAAGAGAUUAUCGCUGAGAAGUAA